CUCGUCUCAUCUCGGCGAACUCGCCCUGGCAUAUUCUGUCCAACGGUUCACACAAUGAAGCGGAAGUUCUCUGCCGAGGAACAAUCUUCUUCUUCCCAGGUUCCCAUUGAUGUGGAAGGCGAUAACGCCUCCCCUCCCGAGGAAGAGACGGUUGACCCCGAUGAUCUCUGUCCCAUCUGCCAUUCACUCAUCCACAAGCCGGUCCGAACCAGAUGUAACCAUACUCUUUGCCAGUCCUGUAUGGCCCUGUGGGCGGAUGUGUCAGUUACGUCCCAAUUGACCGCCGUUGGACUCGACGAUGAGGUGGCGGUCAUGCUACCUCACGAGAUCGAAACGCGUUGUCCCAUGUGUCGAACAUUUACCAUUUCGACCUUGGACCCCACCAGAGAAAGAGCCCUUCAGCGAUUAUAUCCCAUCUCCUACCAGGCACGUGAAGCCGAAUCCCAAACAGCCGAGGAAGAUGGUUCUGCCUCAACCAUUGAGACGCUAACCGUUCACAUCGGAAACGAACACACAGAAAUCAGAGCUGAGCAGGGGUCUAACAACAAGCAUCAUUGGAAGUUCUUCAUCCGACCGUCAAGAACCGACCUGAUUGAAGAGGUCCAAGUCUUUCUGCAUCCUACAUUCAGAAAUCCGAUAGUCGUCAUUGAAUGGCCACCAUACGAGAUCAGACGACUCGGAUGGGGCUACUUCACCAUUUACGCCAAUAUCAUCUUGAAGCCUGGCUACAGCUGGCUGAGUCCUGAGGCGGAAGGUACGCGGGACGGUGCGCCAAAGGGCAAGUUACCGCUGGAAUGGACGCUGGAUUUCAAUGGCCGUGGAUCACAAGCACGGAUCAGACUCAAAGUCAGAAAGGAGAAAGAAGGCCAAGAGGCGGAAUUGGACGUUCAAAGAGAACGUGUACGCAGAUCUUACGCCCGACAGCGAGAGACGGAUCCUGAUUGGGAAGAUACGUGAGUGAUCAAGUCAAGAGGUUGGAAAGAACAGGGCUAUGGCCCAUUCCGUUGUUUCCUGUGUUAGGACAAUGCACCUUCAAGCGGUAACAGCUGGACAAAGACGGCGGCUUCUUGUCUCUGACGGGGUUUGUCAAGAGCCUUAUUCUCCUUCAUUGUCUCUUUAUCCAACAUUGUCACCUUUAUCUACUGCAUUGCCUUUUUGUGUUAUAUCCACGGGAUGGCUGGCUUUUAUAUAUUUAAAUCGACACUC